AUAUAUGCUAAUUAACAUAUCAUCCAAACAUACAGUUUCAUUCUAUAAUUGCAAGAGGAAAAUUAAGAGAGAAAUAAAAGAAAUGGCAACAAGAACAGGAACUGGGAGAUCAGCUGCUAUCCAAUAUGAGGAUUUUCAGCCUAAAAUCGAAUGGAAGGAAGAAGAAGGGGCCAUUUUAUUGCUCUUACAUCUUCCUGAUUACAAGAAGGAGCAAUUGAAGAUAACAUAUGUGAAUACGACCCGUGUGAUUACAAUUCUUGGAGAGAGACCAAUUACUGAUAAUAAAUGGAGCAGACUCGACAAAUCAUUUUCUGUUCCACUAAACUGUCAUGUGAACAAGAUUCAAGCCAAGUUCCAGAAUGGGAUUCUAACCAUUACAAUGCCUAAAAUCACCAUUACACAACCUUCUAGCCCUUCAAAACCUGCUCCAGCAAGUAGUGUUCAAGACAGAGAUGAGAAGAAAGGGACUCCUCAAGUGCCUCCAGAAGCCAAAGCUGAACAGAAGGCACAAAAGGGUACAGAAGAAACUGGGCCUAAGCAAAACCAAACAGAUGGAAAGAAAAUGGAAGCAGCUCUUAAUCCUAAGGAACCAUUAAAUGAUACAGUGAAGCAAAAAGAUGAAAAGGGUGAUGAUCAAAAGAGCAAUGGGAAGAAAGAGAUGAGUGGGAAAGAGGAUAAUAGCAAGAAAAGAAAAGAAUCCAUGUUAGCUGAAAGUGAGGAUACUAACAAGAAAAGAAAAGAAGCAGCUGCAGGUGGCACUAUAAGGAGUGGUGUAGAGAACCAAAAGGAAGAUAAAUUCGAUGGUGCAAGUGAAGAAUUGUUUGGUGAGAAGAUGAAGAAUGUGGCUGCUGCUGCAAAGGAGAAAGUGAAGGGAUUGGCCAUGGAGCUGAGUCAAGAGAGGCAAGCACUAGCGAAUAUAGGUGUAGCAGUUCUAGUGAUUGCAGCCCUUGGGGCUUACAUCUCUUAUAGAUAUGGACCAUCUGGAAAUUCCAAGGACUAGCCUAAUUAUAUACCUUUUCCUUAGAAAAAGAAACUCCCUAAUAAUUGUAUAAUGAACAGUAACAACCUUCUGAUUCUGUUGCAAAAAAUAACAAUUACGUACAAUAAAUAAGUGCUACCAUAUAUAUCUAGCAAAUUUUAUGAGAAA